GCGGGAAACAGCAUAGUGGGUGCGGGGUCGCUCGGCUCCCUCAGUCAGGCGGUGGAGCGAGGUUCGAAAAUGGCGGUGCAGCCGAAAGAGACGCUGCAGCUGGAGAGCGCGGCCGAGGCCGGCUUCGUCCGCUUCUUCCAGGGCAUGCCGGAAAAACCGACCACCACGGUGCGCCUCUUCGACCGGGGCGACUUCUACACCACGCACGGCGAGGACGCGCUGCUGGCCGCUCGGGAGGUGUUCAAGACCCAGGGCGUGAUUAAGUACAUGGGGCCGGCAGGAGCAAAGAAUCUGCAGAGUGUUGUGCUUAGUAAAAUGAAUUUUGAGUCUUUUGUAAAAGAUCUCCUUCUGGUUCGUCAGUACAGAGUUGAAGUUUAUAAGAAUAGAGCUGGAAAUAAGGCAUCCAAGGAGAAUGAUUGGUAUUUGGCAUUUAAGGCUUCUCCUGGCAAUCUAUCUCAGUUUGAAGACAUUCUCUUUGGUAACAAUGAUAUGUCAGCUUCCAUUGGUGUUGUGGGUGUUAAAAUGUCCACAGUUGAUGGCCAGAGGCAGGUUGGAGUUGGGUAUGUGGAUUCCAUACAAAGGAAGCUAGGACUGUGUGAGUUCCCUGACAAUGAUCAGUUCUCCAAUCUUGAGGCUCUCCUGAUUCAGAUUGGACCAAAGGAAUGUGUUUUACCAGGAGGAGAGACUGCUGGAGACAUGGGGAAACUGAGGCAGGUUAUUCAGAGAGGAGGAAUUCUGAUCACAGAAAGAAAAAAGGCUGACUUUUCCACAAAAGACAUUUAUCAGGACCUCAACCGAUUGUUGAAAGGUAAAAAGGGAGAACAGAUGAAUAGUACUGUGUUGCCCGAAAUGGAGAAUCAGGUUGCGGUUUCAUCAUUGUCUGCAGUAAUCAAGUUUUUAGAACUCUUAUCAGAUGAUUCAAAUUUUGGACAGUUUGAACUGACUACUUUUGACUUCAGCCAGUACAUGAGACUGGAUAUGGCAGCUGUCAAAGCCCUAAACCUUUUCCAGGGUUCUGUUGAAGAUACCAGUGGCUCUCAGUCUUUGGCUGCAUUGCUGAAUAAAUGCAAAACCCCUCAAGGACAGAGACUAGUUAACCAGUGGAUUAAGCAGCCUCUCAUGGAUAAGAACAGAAUAGAAGAGAGAUUAAAUUUAGUGGAAGCUUUUGUAGAAGAUGCAGAGUUGAGGCAGAGUUUACAAGAAGAUUUACUUCGUCGCUUCCCAGAUCUUAACCGACUUGCUAAGAAAUUUCAAAGACAAGCAGCAAACUUACAAGAUUGUUACCGACUCUAUCAGGGUAUAAAUCAACUCCCUAAUGUUAUACAGGCUCUGGAAAAAUAUGAAGGAAAACACCAGACAUUAUUGUUGGCAGUUUUUGUGACUCCUCUUAUUGAUCUUCGUUCUGAUUUCUCCAAGUUUCAGGAAAUGAUAGAAACAACCUUAGAUAUGGACCAGGUGGAAAACCAUGAAUUCCUUGUUAAACCUUCAUUUGAUCCUAAUCUGAGUGAAUUAAGAGAAAUAAUGAAUGAUUUGGAAAAGAAGAUGCAGUCAACAUUAGUAAGUGCCGCCAGAGAUCUCGGCUUGGAGCCUGGCAAACAGAUUAAACUGGAUUCCAGUGCACAGUUUGGAUAUUACUUUCGUGUAACGUGUAAGGAAGAAAAAGUCCUUCGUAACAAUAAAAACUUUAGUACAGUAGAUAUCCAGAAGAAUGGUGUUAAAUUUACCAACAGCAAAUUGACUUCUUUCAAUGAAGAAUAUACCAAAAAUAAAACCGAGUAUGAAGAAGCCCAGGAUGCCAUUGUUAAAGAAAUUGUCAAUAUAUCUUCAGGGUAUGUAGAACCAAUGCAAACACUCAAUGAUGUGUUAGCACAGCUAGAUGCUGUUGUCAGCUUUGCUCAUGCGUCAAAUGGAGCACCUGUUCCGUAUGUACGACCAGUCAUUUUGGAGAAAGGACAAGGAAGAAUUAUAUUGAAAGCAUCCAGACAUGCUUGUGUUGAAGUUCAAGAUGAAGUUGCAUUUAUUCCUAAUGAUGUAUACUUUGAAAAAGAUAAGCAGAUGUUCCACAUCAUUACUGGCCCCAAUAUGGGAGGCAAAUCAACAUAUAUUCGCCAAACUGGGGUGAUAGUACUCAUGGCCCAAAUUGGGUGUUUUGUGCCCUGUGAGUCAGCAGAAGUGUCAAUUGUGGACUGUAUCUUGGCCCGGGUAGGGGCUGGUGACAGUCAAUUGAAAGGAGUCUCUACAUUCAUGGCUGAAAUGUUGGAAACUGCUUCUAUCCUUAGGGUGAUUGGUGUCUGUGAUCAAAGUUUUGGGAUUCAUGUUGCAGAGCUUGCUAAUUUCCCUAGACACGUAAUAGAGUGUGCUAAACAAAAAGCCCUGGAACUUGAGGAGUUUCAGAAUAUUGGAGAAUCACAAGGAUAUGAUGAAAUGGAACCAGCAGCAAAGAAGUGCUAUCUGGAAAGAGAGCAAUCAGUGCCUCCUGUUCUCUCUGAGGAGCAGUGGGAAGCUUUUGCCUUUCAUGUGACACAGCAGUUUUCCCUCCUCCCUGAAGAACUGUGUUUCGUGGUGUCAGACAGCAUGAAGAACAUGAGCAAAUUCAACGUAUGUCAGCAUAUGUUUGCUUUGGUGUGUAGUUUGUCCAAACCAAAGUGCCCACACGCAUCUCUCAUCCGGCCACGGAGGCGAUUCAGCAGUGGCGAGAACCAUAUGGAGGUGACGGAUGUUGGAGCUUUGAAUGGACUGCCCCGGUCUUAUUUCUGGAUUUGGUGA